CGCGUGCGCGUUGGCGUGAACGGCUUCGGCCGCAUCGGCCGCGUCUUCACGCGAGUCGCGACGACGUACGCGGGCGCGAACGUCGAGGUCGUCGCUAUCAACGACCCUGGUACGACCGCCGACGCGGCGGCGUACCUGUUCAACCACGACAGCGUCUACGGCACGCUCGAGCACCGCGCGAGGGCGGACGGCGACGACGGACUCUAUCUCCGCGCCGCGCGGGGUGGGUCGGAGACGCGCGUCGCGCUGUCGCGCGAGCGAGAACCGCGCGACAUCGACUGGGCGUCCGCCGGCGUGGACGUCGUCGUCGACGCGAGCGGGAAGUUUCUCUCGCGCGCCGACGCGGGCGCGCACCUCCUCCCCCACCCCGGCGUUGGCCCCAGGCGCGGCCCGCAGAAAGUCAUCGUCACCGCCCCGAUGAAGGACGCCCCCGCGUACGUCGUCGGCGUCAACGAGCACACGUACGCCGCGGACGGGUUCCCCGACGUGCUCUCGAACGCGUCGUGCACGACAAACUGUCUCGCGCCGCUCCUGAAGAUUGUCCACGGCGCGUUCGGGAUAGAGUCCGCGGUCAUGACGACGAUACACGCGGCGACGGCGAGCCAGCCGCCGGUGGACGGCGUGUGCUUAAAGGACCCGCGACGCGGGCGGAGUUGCCUUCUGAACAUCAUCCCGACCACCACGGGCGCGGCGAAGGCCAUCGGCGCGGUGAUGCCCGACCUCGCGGGGAAGGUUACCGGCCUCGCGACGCGCGUGCCCACCGCGGCCGUGUCGCUCGUGGACGUGUCGAUUCAACUCACGAACCCGGCGAGCAUGGACGAGAUACGAACCGUCUUCAUGAACGCCGCGAACGGUGACAUGUUGGGCAUCGUGAAGUACGUCGACGAGCCCGUCGUGUCUACGGACUUCACGCGCGACCCGAGCAGCUGCGUCUUCGACGCGACGUCGUCGACGGCGGCGUCGCCGACGCACGUGAAACUGCUCGCGUGGUACGACAACGAGUGGGGGUACGCGUGCCGCGUGUUGGAUCUCAUCGCGCACGUG